GAGUUAUACCCUGAAUCAAUUACCUAUCAUUAAUUUCCUUAGCCUCUACAUAAUAAACCCUUUUUAAUGGACCAUACAUCACAAGAAAAAUUCAUGUCCUUUACAUACUUGCACAAGAAUGAAAGCAAAUUGAUUCACUUUCAGCUUUUGACUACCAACUAUAGAAAAAAUGAAGCAAGUUCAGCUGUCCUGUUCCCUCCUUCUACUCAUGUUUGUUACCUUCUAUUCUUGCACCAAUUCAGCAACAGCUCCAUCUCCAAAAGCUUCAUCCCCAACAUCAUCAAAACCAUUAGUCCCUGCAUUACCAGAUUCUCCAGAUUCCUCUGACUCAGCACCAGAUGACAUAGGCAGAAUCCUCAAGAAGGCGAAAACAUUCAGGGUUCUAACAAGGCUGCUGAAAAGCACAGAGAUAAUGAGCAACAUCAACUCACAGCUGAUGACAGCAAAGAGUGGUGGCCUAACAAUCUUUGCCCCGGACGACAACGCCUUCGCGCAACUCAAGGCAGGGUUCUUGAACUCGCUCAACCAAGGCCAGAAGAUAGAGCUCUUGCAGUUCCACAUCUUACCUCAAUAUGUUUCAAGCUCAAACUUUGAUUCUCUCAGCAAUCCUGUUCAAACAGUGGCUGGUGAGGAUCCCACAAAGCUUCCAUUGAAUGUGAUGGCAUAUGGUAACAGUGUCAACAUUUCAACUGGGGUCGUCAAUGCCACAAUCGAUGGACUUGUUUACUCUGAUACCAAUCUGGCCAUAUACCGUGUCAACAAGGUUUUGCUUCCUUUGGAUUUCUUUGUGAAGUCUAAGGCUCCUGCUCCGGCUCCGGUCGAGGCAGAGUCACCCAUUGCUGAUAAGAAGUCUUCUGCUGAAGAUCAAGAGAAUCAGGAUAAGUCUGCUGCAUUGAGCUUACUUAGCAUUCAAGGAACUGCAUUGAUGUCUAUUGCUGUUGGUUUUGUUGUAGUAGCAAUGAUAUGAUGGACUUGAAGAUGAUCAUCAUCCAUUUGGUUGCUUCACUUGUGAAGAACUCUUCUUUUCUUGAUUCUUUUAAAUUUUGCUUAGUUUUCUCUUUCUCACUUUCUGAAAUGUCAAGAGUAUGCAUUGCUGUCUGAUUUAUUCUUUUCAACUUUUUGUUAGUAAAAUGUCUGAUAUGCUUUGAUUAAUUUGAUAUUAAAUUUCGCAAAACCUGUUCACCAUAAGUUCGGCAAAAUGUGAUAUUAAGGCAGGAAACUCUUCAGCUUGGGCCAGUUUAAGGGGUUUGGACUUCUGUGUUUUAUUUCUUCUAGAAACUUCAAUAUAAUAUAAUAUGAUACAUCAGUGUAAAUCCUAAACCCUUUUAAUGGUAGUUACUUA